UACAUUGAGCAGGCUUACGCCCACGAAAGUUGACUCCGUCGUAAACCUCCGAAACACGCGAGCAGGCGAAUUCAAGCAUCAAUUAGCUCGGCGCUCAGCCGAGUGGGCUUCCUUGAUCGAUGCGCUCUGCAAUCGGGGAGCGACGGUAAAUCGGACGGAGCCUACAGUACUGCGGUACGGUACUGAGUUCGGAGAAGCCGCCGCCGCUCGACAGCUUGGUGCUCCUCCAGCAGGCCAAGGAAAGCUGUUCGAUGCGCUCUGCGCUCGGGGUGCUCCUGGUCUAGUCCGGAAGGAAUCGUGGCGCCGCCGCCGCCAGCCCUCGGCUGAUGGUGUGAGCGACCCCCUCCCCAGGCCGUGGCCUUUCCCAGCGUCCGGCGCCAUGAACCUGCUCCCCGUAAAUCCGCACGGGAAUGGGUUGCUCUUCGCCGGCUUCAACCAGGACCACGGAUGCUUUGCAUGUGGAAUGGAAAAUGGAUUUAGAGUGUUUAAUGCAGAUCCACUCAAAGAGAAGGAGAAACAAGAAUUUCUAGAAGGAGGUGUCGGCCAUGUUGAAAUGUUGUUUCGCUGCAAUUAUUUAGCUUUGGUUGGUGGAGGGAAAAAGCCAAAGUAUCCACCUAAUAAAGUGAUGAUCUGGGAUGAUUUGAAAAAGAAGACAGUUAUUGAAAUAGAAUUUUCCACAGAAGUCAAAGCUGUUAAGCUACGAAGAGACAGAAUUGUUGUAGUUUUGGACUCAAUGAUUAAAGUUUUCACAUUCACACACAAUCCUCACCAGUUACAUGUCUUUGAAACCUGCUAUAACCCUAAAGGUCUUUGUGUCCUGUGUCCAAAUAGUAAUAAUUCCCUACUUGCAUUCCCUGGAACACAUACUGGACAUGUGCAAAUAGUAGACUUGGCAAAUACUGAAAAGCCUCCAGUAGAUAUACCUGCUCAUGAAGGAGUCUUGAGUUGUAUAGCCCUAAAUUUGCAGGGAACAAGAAUUGCCACAGCAUCAGAAAAAGGGACCCUUAUAAGAAUAUUUGAUACUUCAUCUGGGCAUUUAAUUCAAGAGCUGCGCAGAGGAUCUCAGGCUGCCAAUAUAUACUGUAUAAACUUCAACCAAGAUGCUUCUCUUAUCUGUGUAUCAAGCGAUCAUGCCACAGUGCACAUUUUUGCUGCAGAGGAUCCCAAAAGGAAUAAACAAUCAAGCUUAGCAUCAGCCAGCUUCCUGCCCAAAUAUUUCAGUUCUAAAUGGAGUUUUUCCAAGUUUCAAGUUCCUUCAGGUUCUCCGUGCAUCUGUGCCUUUGGAACAGAGCCAAAUUCUGUCUUAGCAAUCUGUGCAGAUGGCAGCUACUACAAAUUUUUAUUCAAUCAAAAAGGGGAAUGUUCCAGGGAUGUCUACGCUCAGUUCCUAGAAAUGACUGAUGACAAACUUUGACUGGACUGAUGGAAGUAUGGUUGGGGGGAGGUUAUCAGAAUCCCCUUCCCAAUUCUAUUGAAGAGACAACCUCUGACUUGCUAAGUUGAUGGCGCUGUUCAAGAUGGGAUUGAUCUGGUCAACAAUUGGAACAAGGCAAAGGACUAAUGUUAGCUCUCCACAGUUGGUUUUAAGUGUUACUUUUGGCAGCUGCUGUUCUUUUCCUCCUCAAGUUUCAAUAUGAGGGUUCUCCCUGUUAAAUAUCAUGAAACUUAGUACCUGCCGCGUCAUAAAGUUGAAAAGUUACUAGAGUUUUGAUCAGUUGAAGACUGUUCAGAUUACAGCAGGCAACCUAAUAGAUAUUUUGGAGUGUUGAAAAUGGCGUACCAGUCAUUUAUAGCAGCAGCUUUUGCCUUUACAUAUAUUGUUUCCUCCUAAUUCCCAGAAAGAAACUGUAGCAAAGUUGCUCUGAGUUGCAAUUACUGAAAAAUAGAACAAUCAAGUCUGUUUCCAUAUUGCUGUGAAUAGGUAUUAUUCAUGUCAUGUAUCAGAGGUGCCAAAUAUUCUAUAGCAACCAACAUCAAGUGCUGUUAACUCAAGUGAUUCUAUCAGGUAAGAAGUGAGUGCCAAUGGAAAGGGCUUAUAAGGCUGUGUUGUCUCUAUCUAGUAUGUAAUCAUUCCACACUACUAAAAUCUAGUCCCUUGUGUUCUGGUACUUAAGUUGGGGAAGAAAAGGAUUAAUAACAGCUCUCUGUGAUAAGCAGCAGAUGCUAGACUCUGCUUCUAUAGCCUCCAAGAUUUAUGUAUUCAGAACACACUAAAUUGCUGCCUCUUAUAAGGGAUAAAGAAGGGACAUACCUAAAUUUUCAAAACACUUGAAAUACAGGUAUGUGAACACUUAAUUUUAAAUUACCAUCACCUUACAGCACAGCUUCAAUUAUUAAAUUCCUUCAUUUACACACACGCUUCAAAAUUUAUUGAAGGCUCAGUACAUUCAGCUGUAAAGUAUCCAAACUUUUCACUUAAUUAAAACCUAUACUCAAAUGUGGGUUUGCAUGUUGCUUUUAAAUGUGUACUUAAUCAUGAAAUUAUUUUGCACAUCUUUUGUAAUAUUCUUUAAUUAAAAGUGACUAAUUUACUGUAUUCGGUUAAUGGUAGCAAAUUAGAAGCUUGUUUUACUUUUCUUACUCUUAACUUUUGUAAAAUGUGUUAUGUUGCCUGAGAGAUUCCAAUCCUGUCAGCCAUCUUUUGAAGUUUGCUUCCAGCUCCACUCAGUACCCAAGAUUCAGACCUCCCAAAAUGUGUAGGAAGAACCUCUUCUCUCUCUCACCCUUCAUUAAAAACCUGCAGUCUCUCCUUGCUCUAGGUCUGACAGAAUGCAAGAAAUACAAACCUCACUUUUUCUACAUGGGGAUUUUAUUUAAUGAAUUAGCAGAUUCAUCUUGAAAGUAAUAGUCUGCUCAUACUUUGAUGUUAGGCUUAGUAGUAAUGCUGUAUUUAAUCGAAGUAAUAUCUGAUGAUUUCAGAUCUCAGAGGGAAGGAAUAUGCUCUAGAGGUAAACAAGUGUUAAUGUGCUGGAUUGAAAGCUGUCUGAAGUUCAACUUCAAGGUGUUAUUUUCCACAUUCAACACUGCAAUCAGUACUGGUUUGUAAAUACAUGCUAUUUAUUUUAGAGGUAGUGUAUUCGUGACAUGCUAAGCCAGGUUUAGCUGCAACUAUCUCACCAAAUGAUAUGGCAAACUCAGCCAGCUACCACUCGUUUUGUGACUUUUUGAAAGAGUGGGGUGGCCUAAAGGAGAAUUGAGCCUCCCCCAACCUUGGUAUCCCCAAUUUACCCCCUGCCAUCUACGGACUGAGACUAGAACUAAGAAAAACUGCAGGGUUUCCUCUUGCAUCCACUCCUGUUUUGCUAUUUAGAAGUCGUAAGACAGUUAACGUGGUUAUUGCUUUUUAUUGUAUUGUAAUCAGAAUUAUGUUGUUUGCAUCCCAGAAUCCAUAUUGAUGGGGGAGGGCUUUUAAACUUUAAAUACAAGCACUGCUGUUUAGAUGACAGAGCCAUUCAAUUAACUAGAUUUAAACUAUGAAUAUAUAUUCAUAUCUGUAUCAAAUAUUAAAAUAAUCCAGUGUAACUAUAGUGUAACCUAUUGCCCAGGUUUAGAUGUCACACUAACAAUAUGUGGUUUAAAUUCUCAAACUACCUUUGCCACUUUUUUCUACAUUUUUACUAAAAUUUACACAUCCAAUUUAAAUAAAACUAAUAUAUAAAGUAUAGAAGCUGUUCAUGAAUGCUUGUGCUCAUGUGGCCUGAGGUCCCUAAGAGCCAGACCAACUUCAGGCCACUUUAAGCCCAACAAUGUUCAGACAUAUGUCAAGCCAUUCUGCCUGGUUCAUAAUAAUCCAUGCACUAACAUGUCUCCAUUCUUUCCACCUCUUUAACUAUGCUCCUAGGCUGUCCUAAAAUUAUAUUGGCUGAACUUAGAAUAAUUGCCAUUUGUGAUCAAUGCUGAUUAUAUAUUCUGUUUUGUGCUUAAAUGGAAAUAGUGAUUUGGGGAGAGGAGACAAGAUAGUGGUACUCAUGUUCACCAGGUAGAAUGACUUAAUAUCUGAAUAUGCUAGUCACUGGGUUCGUAUCAUUACAUUAAACCAUAGUAUGGUUUGUUUUGUGUUUUAGCAUAUGUGAACCCAUCCAAUUGUGAUUUAUUCAGACAAUUCCACCUGCCUGAACCACUGAGAGAUUUGUGAUCAAAUCUGUGUGUUUAAUGAAUGUAACAGAUAAAGGCUUAAAUCUUUCACUCACUGCUUCCUCCAAUAAAAUUUUCCCCUAAGAGUGAGAUGCCGCUCCUACUGGGUCUUGUCUAGUUGGUUUUGCAAUGUAACAAUAACUUACAGUAAAUGGCAUAUAUAUUUAUGGGCACUAAUUCAUAUUGUAUCAGGACCCAUAAGGGAGCAAAGGGACACAAAUGACAAAACUUGCAUGCUAUCAUCAGGCAAACACCAAGACUUAUGCAUUUAUCAAACAUCAGAAUGCAAGAACAUAAUUGUGACAUCAUAUAAAUUGUCAGCAUGUGCAUGUCUAUUGCUAUGGACAUUAAUGCACUGUUAGGCUAGAUUUCAUGCUUUGUAAUGAUCCAUAAUGGAAUUUUAUUUGGUUUUAGUUUAAAAUACUGUACAAACCCAACUACUAGUUCCUUAGCUGCUGUGUCACUGUAAAGAAAAAAAUGGUUACAGUAACUAUAUAGAGAAGAUUAAUUCAGCAAUUCUAGUAAGAUUUUUUUUUUCUUUGUGCCUUUGAAUCAGUCUUGACUUCUGGCGACUGCCUAGACAACUCUCUGC